AUGCUCUCGGCAGCGACGCACCGCUUCUCGCGCGCGUCGUCCCUCACCUCGUCGUCGUCGUCGCCGCCCUCGCCCUCGCCGACGACGGCCACGACCAAGCAGGAACGGCGCCUGUCGCGCAUCUCGCCGUCCGAGUUUGACUCGAUCCUCGACUCGGGCAGCACCGUCAAGCUCGCCUCGGCCGCCCCGCCUGCUCCACCCUCGCCCGACCUCGACCCGCACCUCGACUCGCCGCCCGCAUCGCCGCCCGCGAGCCCACAACCCUCGAGCAGCGUCGCACUGCCACCAGGCUUGAGCCCCGACCCGCGCCGCUCGGUCCGCCGCGCAAAGAGCACCCUCGGCAGCGUCGCCGAGGCAGCGCCCUCGUCCUCGCCGCCCCCGCGACGCCGCACCACCCGCGACAGCCCCGCCGCCGCCCUCGAGUCGUCGAACGCCUUUGCCACCUCGUCGUCUUCCCCGAGUCGGCCUGAACGCGGCGCGAGCCUCACGCACCGCGCCGACUCGUCCUCGAGCCGCCCGACCUCGUCGUCCGGCCGCGACGCCCUCCCGCCCACCUUCCCCUCGUCCAUCGUCGUCCCCGCGCGCGCCACGCCUCGCGCCACGACCCGCACGACCGACGCCGACGUCGAGGUGCGCCCGCUCUCGAGCUCGACCAUCUCGACCGGCUCGUUCGUGCACGUGCCGUUCCCGCCCGGCGCGCCUGUCGAGCAUAGCGCGACGACGAGCAGGGGCAGCAGCGGCGCCAGGGGGGUCUCCGCGGCGGCUUUUGCGGCGGGUGGGUUCGAGUUUGGGACGGUGCGCAGGAGGGCCCAGUCGGGCGAUGGGUCGGCAGCGGCAGGUGGGGAGGGAAAGAUGUCGCUUGCGGGCACGAUGCGCAAGACGAGCCGGUUCUUCCGCAAGCUCGGCGGCGGUGGCGGCGGCAACACUUCAUCGGCGUCCCCCUCGAGAACGAGCAGCACGGCUCCCUCGACGCCCUUCAGCGACACGUUCCGCACCCCGCUCGCGCCUCCCCUCCCCUCGCUGUCCAACUCGCGCACCACCACCUCGACCCCUCCCGCCUCGCUCACCUCGCCCUCGUCGACCUCGCUCCGCUCCACCCCCGGCCCGAGCACCGCCCGCGGCUCGCCCGCGCCGCGCAGCCCUCGCGUCAACCGCAGGGACCUGCCGCGCCUCCCGCCGCCCACCGACAUGCCGCCCUCGCCCGACCCGCAGCGCGACGACGCCCCGUCGGCGUCGCCCGAGCUCGGCAUUGCGCUGCCUCUCACGCGCGACGCGUCGCACGGCUCGGGCUUGUCGGGCCGCUCGGCGGCGGCGGGGUCGAGCCCGCAGCUCGUUCGAGACGAGCGGGCGGGCCAGGAGGACGGGCUCGGCCCGCCCAAGCCGGCGCUCGAGGUGCGGCGAGCGUCGGUCCCGGCGCUCGGGGCCGUCGUCAGUACUACGGCGACGACGAGCAGGGCGGGGGCCAUGAGCCUGCCGACCAUCCCGUCCUUGUCGCCCUUUGCCGCCUUUGCGCCCUCGCUUGCCUCCUCCUCCCCGAGCGCCGACGCUCCGCCUUCACCCUCCCCUCUCCCGACCAUCACCAACACCUCGUCCUCACCGUCGCCCGCGCACUCGCCCCCGUCGACGCCUGAGAUCCGCCUCACGCCCUCGUCCCGCAACGGCUCCGUCUCGUCGGCCGUCACGAUCGGCCCGAGCCCGGGCACGGCGAGGGGGUCGGUCUCGUCGACGUCGACGUCGACGUCGACGGCCGAGGGCGGUGUGCAGCAGCCUGUCGGGCUCGGGCUGGGGACUAUCGUCGAGACGGCGCCAGCGGUCGAGCCGGCCGUCGCGCUCGCUGUCGUGUCGUCGUCGCCUGUCACCAAGGACGACGGCAUCGACGACCGCGGCGGCGUCAAGCCGCUCCCGCCAUCCCCUCGCACCAAGUCGCCGCCGCCGCCUGCCGCUGUCGAGGUCGAGCCCGAGCCCGCCACCGGAACCACGCCCGUCCUCGCCGGCCCACCGGCACUCGCCGCUCCGGCACUCGCGCCCGCACCACCCGCCGGGCGCCUCAACUCGUCGUCGUCGUUCGCGUCGCUCGUCGCGGCCCGAGCGGCAGCGUCGUCACCGCCGUCGCGCACGGGCGCGACCCUGACGCCGGCGAGGAGGACCAAGGCGGCCGUGCAGGCUAACGAACUAAACCCUCAUGGCUAA